AUGACCAAGAAAAAGCCUAAAUUUGGCGUGCUGCCAGUUCUAAACAUGCCAAGCAGAAGUUAUGAAAAAGAAACGAAACUGGAAAGGCCAUCAAGGGUAAUAGUCAAAGAGCAAGUAAUGACAAAAAAACAUGUAUACUACAAACACUUUUCAGAUUUUUGUAAUAGAAUAACUCAGCUGAAAAGUCUUACCGAGUGGAGUGUCGAAAAGACUAAUAACAGGGUUGUCUUCAGAAAGCUUAAUCCAUCUUUGCUUUUAGCAGAAUAUGAAAUCAUAGCAGAUGAUAGCCUUGGAUUUACUAUUAUAAUUCUAGGUUGGCUUGUGCCAGAAAACCAUUUCUUUACACAAGGCACCUAA